AUGUUUUGCCGGCAUAGAUGUUUGUGCAUUGUAUAUUUUGUGAGCUGUGCAGUGUUAACAGGCAUGUAUUAUUUUAUGAAGCAUAAAAGAAGUGCAUACACAAUACCCAUGGACUUUGAUUUCAGGGAGCCAAGAUUGUUUAUACACGACCUGAUACAUAGGACGAAGAUUGGCAAGGAUGGGGCACGCGAGCUGCUGGAGAAGGAAAUGAUGGACAAGUGUAUGUAUGAUCUGUAUGUGCAUCUUGCAGAAAAGGGAAUUGUGAAUCCAAGUAAUCAGAGUUUAGAGUCUUUAAGACAGAUGAAGGAGACAAAAGUUGCAGAGCUUGAGAAUGAAAAGCAGCGGGAUGCAGAAAAUGAAAGCCAUAUCAAGGAGAUUGAUCGCAAGAUUGCGGAGUUCUACUGUCAGACAAUGGACAUAAAGAAAGGGUUUGAAUGGACCACAAGAAUAAUGCGAGAUGAUGUGUCACUGUCGUUCCGAAUGGAUGUGUUUUUGUGUAGAAUCCGGAUGGGGAUCAUCAUGGGAAACAAGAAAAUAAUUGAGGAGAGUGCAGUUGAAGCAAUGGAUGCAUGCGAAAGGGGGUGUGAUUGGGAUAGAAGAAACAGGUUCAAGGUAUAUAACGGAUUGCUUUGCUUGAUGCGUGGAAAGUUUGAUGAGGCAGGAAUAAUGCUGAGUGACUCAUUGCCAUCUUAUGAUGCUGAUGAGGCAAUGGAUUAUUGGCGUGCAGUAAGAUACGUGAUUUUCUGUGGAGCACUGACAUUUGAGCGUCCUGAUCUUCUGAAACGGAUUCUGCAGAAUGCAGAUGUUGUUGGCAACAACGAGGAAGAGGGUAUGAGGAUUAUUAGAUCGCUACAUGAAUGCCACUACUCGAAUUUUAUGAAGGAAUUGUGUGCAUUCUGCAGAAUUAUAAAUGAUGAUGUGUUUGUUGGGAAGUAUGUGAACAUGUUUUGCCGUGAGAUGAAGCUGAGGGUAUAUGGGCAGAUACUUGAAAGCUAUCGAUCGAUGCAUAUUGAGAAGAUGGCAGAAGCACUUGGAUUGGGUGUGGAGUAUGUUGAGAAGGAUUUAGGGGAGUUUAUAAUUGAAGAAAGGUUGUGGAGUCGAAUAGACCGAAUCGAAAGGGUGAUUGAGAUGAAGGAACGUAGCAGUAUGGAUGUUUCAAGCGUGAUUAAUGAAGGAAGUGAUGUCAUUCGUAGGAUAAAAAGGUUUGUUAAGUAA